AUGUCGAGCGAAGCCGCCCCCAAGCCCCUCCCCUUUGGGUACCAGUUCGUGGCCGGUGCUGUGGCCGGUGUGUCGGAGAUUCUGGUGAUGUACCCAUUGGACGUCGUCAAGACCCGAGUCCAACUUCAACAAGGCACUGGUGCCGCCGGAGAGGAAUUCUACACUGGCAUGUUCGACUGCUUCCGCAAGAUCAUUCGCAAUGAAGGCUUCUCCCGCCUGUACCGCGGAAUCUCCGCGCCCAUCCUAAUGGAAGCGCCCAAGCGCGCGACCAAAUUCGCCGCCAACGACUCCUGGGGCGCCUUCUACCGCAACGCCUUCGGCGCCGAGAAGCAAACGCAGUCCCUCGCGAUCCUCACGGGCGCAACAGCCGGCGCCACCGAGUCCUUCGUCGUCGUCCCCUUUGAGCUCGUCAAGAUCCGCCUGCAGGACCGCGCCUCCGCAGGCAAAUACAACGGCAUGCUCGACGUCGUGCGCAAGAUCGUCGCCGCCGAGGGGCCCCUCGCCCUCUACAACGGCCUCGAAUCCACCCUCUGGCGCCACAUCCUCUGGAACUCGGGUUACUUUGGGUGCAUCUUCCAGGUGCGCGCGCAGAUGCCCGCCGUCGAGCCCGGGAACAAGGCGCAGCAGACGCGCAACGACCUGAUUGCGGGGUCGAUCGGUGGAACGGCGGGUACCAUCCUCAACACGCCCAUGGAUGUCGUCAAGUCGCGCAUCCAGAACUCGCCCAAGGUCCCCGGGCAGACGCCCAAGUAUAACUGGGCCUGGCCCGCGGUCGGGACGGUCAUGAAGGAGGAGGGCUUCGGCGCGCUGUACAAGGGGUUCAUCCCCAAGGUGCUCCGGCUGGGCCCUGGCGGUGGUAUCCUGCUCGUUGUGUUUACUGGCGUGAUGGACUUUUUCCGGACGAUGAGGGGGGAUGUUUAG